UGCUCAUUUCACAGAGACUGGUUAUUUACUGAUUGUGGUCAUUUGGAAAUAUUCCUAAAAGUAACGUAUAAGGAGACUAAUCAGACUAUCACAUUAGCUGUAGAUCCUGAUGAUUCUAUCGCAAACUUGAAGAGCAUAAUAAAUGUCAAGAAAGGAUUUCCAGUGGACGACCAACGUAUCGUCUAUAAUGGAAGAAAUUUGGAAGACGACCGAACUGUCAGUGACUACAACAUUCCGAAUAAAUCAACCCUCAAUUUGGUACUCCGAGUUCCUGGUAGGCAUAACGGUCAUAAUCGUAUGGAAGUCACAAUCUUAACAGAAGCCAGGGGACCAGUAACUACGUAUACCCUAGAAGUGAGACCCACUGAAUCCAUUUUAGAGGUCAAACUGAAAAUACGAGACAUGACAGGUGUUCCUCCUCACAAACAAAUUCUCAACUUUGCUGACAGAGAUCUAGAAAAUACACGCAUUAUUUCUGACUACAAUAUCCGAAAUGAUUCAGUUAUUUAUUUGGUGGAAAAAAUAGAAGUGUGUUUGGUUUUUUCUUCAACGGAAGAAAGGAUGGCCUUGGAACUGAGGCCAAAGGAUACGGUCGAAAGUGUCAAGGAAAAAAUUCAUGCCAAAAUAAAAAUUUCACCGUACCGCCAAAUUUUGCAGUUUAAUGGUGAACUUCUCGACGACGUCCAUUCUUUGAAUUACUACAACAUUGAGAACAACUCAAUGCUGUUCUUAUAUUUAGCAGUUGAAAUCUUUGUUAAGAUGUCAACUGGAAUAGACGUGAGGUUCAAGCUCAUUAAAAGUAACACUAUCAAAAAUGUAAAAGAGAGAAUUCAGCUCAGCCAAGAUAUCCCAUGCGACAUGCAACGCCUCUAUUAUCUUCGUCGGCUUCUAGAAGAUAAGUACACAUUGAGUGAUUACAGCAUUAAAAACGGAUCAGUCUUGGACUGUAAUGUAUUACUGAUAAGUGUAAAUGUCAAAAUGCCAAACGAAGAUGACAUCAGUGUAGAUGUCUGCCCAGAGGACAAAGUCAGAAUUGUAAUAGACAAAAUUCAAGCUAGAGUAGCGAUCCCACCCGAUCAUCAAUGUCUCAUGUAUAAUGGCAUAAAACUCGCACACUGCCGUACUUUGAGGGACUACCAAAUAAGGAAUGGAUCAAUCCUGAAUUUAGUUAAAUCUGGAGGUACGUCCAUUUACAUGUUUUACGUAAUAUAUCAAGCAUGAUAGACACAGUGUUUCUUUACAAGAUCAAACACGGAGAAGAGAACUGGCAAGACGACUUGCAGCAGAGUAUUUUUGAAGAUCGAACUUUGAGGUGUUUGACUGUAUUGUGAUGAAACACUACUGUGUCGAAUGUUUCUAUAGACCUUUUUAGCUUGUAUGUUUUUUUUCCCAAUACAGACCACGUGAUGUUCUCUAGGGAAUUUGCCUUUUCUCUUUUCAUUAACAAGAACGCUCUUAGUAGCUGUGAGUCUUGCUUACUUGGUGAUAAGUUUUGUUGUCAAAGACGCUGGUGCUAUUAUGCUACUUUUUCGUUUGGAAUACAAAACGAGUGUUAUAAGUCAUAACGUAAAUACUCAAAACGUAAAAACUGCAAGGAGAGACAGGCCGCACAUCUUAUCUUCACAUCGGUGUGAAGCCUUUGAAAAAAUAUUGAUAUUGCUCCAGUGAGGAGAACCCUUUCAGGGAUUUUACACUCAAAAAAUUGAAAGAUGAUUUUUAUCAGUAUAAAUAUAUAUACCUUCAAUGUAGCUGGCAAGAUACGGCUCGGUACAGUUUUUGUUCAGCAAAGAAAAAUGUGUAAGUUCAGCAGAACUUUACACAACAGACAUUAAGUCAGUUCGCGCGUAUUCCUGUUGAAUUUGUUCUCCGUUUUAUGAGAUAUCAAAAUUGCGUGAAAGUAAUUACAUUGUCCAUGACUACUUAGUAUCUGCUUUUAAUAUCUUCGUAACAGUUGAUGUUUACGCGAUCUCAGAGUACAAUGUUUAGAGCUAUAGACAGCGUGCAUUUUAUCACAUUAUCACUGGGAUAAAGUGUUUCAUUUUCCAGGAAAAUUUCACUCAGUUCUCGUCAAAACAAUCACUGACUCAGUCAGACUCAGAGUAGUUUACUUAAAUUUAGUGCUCAGUACAGCGAGCGGGGUUAUGUUUUGUGAAAUUUAUCUACAGUCUGCGGCCGACAUCACCACGAUCCACGAUUUAUUUUUAUAACAUAGCGCGCGUGCUUGCCCUAUAUAAGUCCUAUUGAGCCGCUAUGAACAAAAUCUUUAUAUAAAUCUAAAUAAGAUGACGUGAACAUUUUCUUUUUAUCCGGCUGCAAAGUACAGUUGUCGUCUUAUAAGCUGCAGUGCAGUUUUCCUUCUCUUUAAAAUAUGGAAGAAACCAGCGAAGAACUGCCCAAUUUUUCUAUCGGCAUUGACCUUUUAAGUCCUGAUCCAACAAGCCGCAAAAAUGAAGCCGAAUUAAAAAAGGUCGCAAGUUGCGCGUUUCGAAAUUUGUCGGAAGACCAGUUGCAGCAAAUUUUGGCCGAAAGACACUCACUGGGAACAGAACAGACACCAACUGGUCAUCAACAACAUUUAAGGGUAAAAUUUCCGAAAAUUUCUCUCGCAAUAACAACACAAAUUACACAAGAAGACAUAAAUUUAUUACUCACAAAAACAACUGCUGCCAGGUCUUCUCAAGAAGCCGUAAUGACCAGCCAAUGCUCGUAAAAACAUCUUUUCAGCAAAUCCAAACCAUACUCCACGACUUCUUACGAACAUGUUAAUAAUUUUAACUUUAGGUGAACUUUAAGACUCCUUUACCUUUGUUUCUGCUUAGUUUCCAUUGAUCGUUAACGAAUAAACAAGCAAAUUUUCUUUCUCAGUUUUACAGAAAGAACAUUUUUAUUCAAACUAGACGAUUGUGGCGUGUUCGUAAUCAGCCAAUAGAACCGUUUGUUAUUGUGUAGCGAGUUACGAGAAUUUUGCAGUUAAUCAAAAAGCAAGCAUUUUUGUCAGCUAUGUUACAAAAGAAUUUGCUCAUGCUUUUAGCUGUGCGUAUAUCGAGGUAUGGAUGCACUUGGGAAGUUUGGAGAGCACUCAAGAAGCUAGAGUUGCACUCUUACGCAUCUUUCGUACUCUCCAAACUUCCCACGUGCAUCCAUAACUCGAUAUACGCACGCUAAGCAUGAACAAAUUCUUAAAUUUAUUUUAUUGUCAAGUUUUUAAAAUCUGAUUCUUGAUCCCCGAUUCUCGCUUCCCGAUCCUCGAUCGUCGAUCGUCGAACCUCCCUUGCCAGUAAACCUCGAAGUUUUGCUCAUUACGAUUGUUCUUUUUUUCGACCACUGAAGUAAUCAGUUGUUCCAAAGUAUUCAACGCUUUCAAGCGAUAGAAUUCGUGGACCGACCCGUUCCGGAAAAGUUCGAUAUGGCAUUUCUAUUCUAUGGACAUGAAGUGCUGCAAGUAGAGUGCGUGAUAGUCAAGUACAAAGCUACCCGUAUAAACACAUCCGUGACACCUAUGUAGAGUCAGACGCGUAGUUGAAGUUGCUUCCAGUAGUACUCGAAGGUUAAAUCAUUGAUAUCUCAAGUGUUUUUAAAGUGUAACGCGACUCCACAUUUUAACAACUGCGAAAUAUCAAUUGAAUACAUACAAAAGAGUGAAUCUAUUUAACCAAAGAGUUCCAGUAAUUGCGACAAUAUUCUGAGAAACGUAACGCCUCAAUACACCACAAUGAUAUUAUCUCAUCCUACUCGGGGUAUUUACUUUUUAAAACACGUGCAUAAUUACACGAACAUCAAGGGCCUCGGUUCGGGGAAAAUUACAUCAUUGCCAAAAACGUGUUCAACUUACAUGCGUCAUUUCAGUCAUCGCCGAAAAUAAACCACAUGGUCAUCACAAGACUCAUUUGGAUACAACGAAAGUCGUCACGAUUCUUAUCCCCAGUUUCCACGGUCUCCGCCAGGAACGCCUGGGACCAUGGCGACCAUUUGGGGAAUACCGACGCAAAAGAAAAACGCCUGCAUUUUUAGAGUCUCGCUCUGCUAAAGCAAGCUUGACUGAUUAUGCAUGCAUUUGCACGUAAAUGCACGUGCAUAAGAGAACAUUUGACAGAAACAGUUCUCAGGGGUACCAUCACGUGGUCUAAAAUGGGAAAACAAAACAUACAAGCUAAAAAGGUCUAUUAUAAUGAUUUCAGAACAAGUAAUUUAGGAUUUAAAAAAUGAGGAGUUUUUCAUGUGAUUUCCAAGACUCAUUGAACAUCAAUGCGACUUAUAAUUUUUAUUUUCUUUAUGAAUUGUUAACGAGUUUAAGUCAUUUCAACCUGUUUUCUAAUCAAUGAACCAGCAUUUCACAAAACUCAGAUCCCUUAUUUACCGGCGGAUUGCGAAACGAAGUUGAACUUGCCAAUGAGUUCAACUUCGUUUUGUGUAUUAUAAUGCACUGCUUUUUGUUCAUUUAUGUUUUACGAGCGAUAAAACAAAAAAACUCUUCUGUAAGUGUUUAGGUGAUUGUUAGGUGAUUAUCUCAUAAGGUCGUUCUGUAGUGAAGCUUUCAAGAUUCCUUUCUAAAAGUAAAAUUAUCCGUCUCUAGCUUAGGAAUCUCAUCAGCGUGGGUCAAGACGCCAAAGUAACGUCUGUCGCUUUCUGUCUUUCCCUAACGCCAUCAAAUACCGCAUUUCCUGUUGGACCUAUCUCUCAUUAUGAUUUCCAGAGACGUUGUCCUGAACCAGUAGAUUUUUUUAUAGUUUGUUGUCGAAAACGUCAUGAAAAACGUGCAGCUUAAAUCUCAUUAAAGAUUUACUUACAGCGUUGAUCAUGUAGUUGAUGAACCUUUUAAGUUUGUAAGUUGUCUUUCUUUUUAUAUUCCAGUAGGUAAUCUUGAUCUCCGAAUUUAUGCUGAGGCCCAAAGAUCACGAGAGGCUUCCUCAAACCAACCUUCGACACAAGAGGUUUUCAAUCGUAUUGCAGAUAAAUGCUUUAAGAAAGUUGACCCAUCAAACCCGGAGGAGUUGAAUGGUUUCCUUGAAUAUUUGGAAAAAGUUCGCAAAGUACUUGUUCUUGAUAUCAAGACUGGAAGCUUGAUAUUUAAGUUGGAGUGUGGAUCGCUGAAGAUUCUUGAUGACCUUUGGGAAGACUACAGCACAGGCCAUCUAAAUGAAGUAGCCCAGUCUUACCUUGUGACAAAAGACCUCCUGAAAGAGUUUGGUCUUUCUUCAUUAAAACUUGCGUCGGGUAUCAAGGAAGAGGACUACAGGACUUGUCGACAGCGUUUAACCUUUGAGGGUAGGUUUGAAAAAUCAUUAUAUGUCACCUCCAGCUAUUUAGACUAAGUUAAGGAAAAUCCCUAGAAAUGAAGUUGUGUCUGGACCCAGUUUUCUCCUUUACUGAUUAAGGUUAAGCACUACCUUUACAGAUUAGGGUCGACCACUGCCUCUACUGAUUAGGGUUAAGCACUGUUUCGAAACUGGUUAGGUUCAUUUUUGGGUUGGGGUUGAUGCGAUAUGUACUUAAAUUAUUUCACAUCCAUCCAGCAAAUUCUUAGUGGUUUAGUGGUUAGCGUAGUAUACUGGACCGUCUGGGUCGCGGGUUCGAAUCCUACGGUCUUUCAAGUCAACUUUUUUUUUUUUUUAAAUUGAAGAGAAUUGCACUUUCAUGAACAUUUCCAGCUUGAAAUAUCAUUUAAGUGUGAUAUAAAAGCAGAAAACAGUUCAACCUUGUUUAAAUUUCAUGAGGAGAGAAAGGGACUACGACCGGUGGGAUCUAAUGCAGACCAAAAAAACCAUUCCCGAAAGUCGGUUUCUCCCAAGGGUUGCGACACUUUUUUUUGUGUGUGAGGGUCCCCUAUAGAAGCGUGAUUGUUUUUUUUUCUCGUGAAACAUGAUUUAAGGUUUUAUUUAUUCAUGACUCGUGAUUACACAUCCUUGAAAGUAAACGUGAAUUACUUGUUGUUAACGUGAACGUGAAGAAAUAUGGCGAGUGAAAAGUGUAAGUGGUGAAACGUUUCAAAGUUUGUUAUCGGAUAUCUGGUGGUAAAAAUAUACCACGAUAACUCGAACUCCCUGCUAACUCGAACUAAGUCCUGUUUCCCUUGGAUUUCAACACACGUUUCAGUCAUUUUCACUCGGUUAACUCGGACUCGAAUAAGUCGAAUUCUUCUCUACACAACUCGAACUAAAUUUCCUUUCCCUUGAUCAAAAUUUCACUGAUGUUUACCCCGAUAACUCGAAUUCUGGUUCUUGUGACUCUACUCGGAUGCCAUUUCAUUGGCUCUUCUUGUUUUAUAAUCAGUAAAACCACUAAAACUAUGACACUCCUGACAGCAAAUCGAUUUUGAUUGGUGCAACGAACAGAUCACGUAUUUUGUGAAGUUAAAUUUGCAUUGUACUAUACACUGAUUAAGUGCUGAAAAAUGAGCAACUAUUAAUUGCUAAGAUGGCAAAUUUUACAUAACAUCGACCCAAAUAACUAAUCCCCGCUAAUUCGGAUUGUUUUUCGUUUCCCUUCAGAGUUCGAGCUAACGGGGUUCUACUAUAUCAAGGAAAUUCAAAAGACAAGGAUUGACAUUAUUAUUGAAGGGCUGUCACGAAUUUGGUUGUCACCCAUCCGUGAAACGUGAAUUACGUAAUUUUUACGUGAACGUGAAGAAAUUGUAGGAAUUAUUCGUGAUGCGUGAAAAGUCUCAAUAUUUUUACGUGAAAGUGUUUUUGUUUUUCUAAUUUUUUAAGGGGUAUAGAAGGCCGACAUUUAAAGGCAAUGCUAUUGCGGUAAAAAGUUGCCAGGUUUGAUAUCCGGUACAGAAAAAACGGGCGAGAAAGAGACGUGCAUCUUUCGAAGUUAGCCUUAAUAUAGGUUCUUGCAUAAUGGUAAUUGACACAAAUUUAGGCUAUUUGGGUUCUUAAAAAAGAUUUGUAUUUUCUGAAAGAAAGGUUACAUUGUAGCUAAGAGUAUUGUGGUAUUUAGCUCAUUCCUAAUAUAAAAUCUGCAAACCAAUACAUUGCAGUUGGAGCGAUAAGGCACCUAUGGCUUCAAAGAGGAACCUGAAUGAUGACUUAUCUUACUCGUCCAAAUGUACAAAAUUUUUGAUAGGUUUUAGAAAGUAGAACCUGCAUCAAAUUUUAAGCUGAACAGGUUCUUGUUUUGAGGGGGCCUAACUGGCCAAUCUUAGCCCAACAGUGAAGGUGAUGUGAACUGCGAAAACGCAAAUUCAAAUGAAGAUAUGAUCGUCGCAGUGGUAAUUGCAAUUUAAGCAAUUGCAAGUUAAUCUGAAAAAAGAAAUUCGGAACGUCAAAGGAAUUCGAAACCAUGGCCUCUGCGUUAGCGCUGCAAUGCUCUAUCAAUUUUUUUUUUUUUUGGGGGGACCCCCCAAAAAAAAAAAAAAUUGAUAGAGCAUUGCAGCGCUAACGCAGAGGCCAUGGUUUCGAAUUCCUUUGACGUUCCGAAUUUCUUUUUUCAGAUUAACUUGCAAUUGCUUAAAUUGCAAUUACCACUGGGACGAUCAUAUCUUCAUGCCCAGUAUGAAGUAGUGGUGUCUGAGAGGAAUUGUACCUUUUUUGGGGGCAGCAAAAGGGCAGCAACAAUUAAUAAAUCGCUCAGGAAUAAAAUGUGCGGGAAACUUGUUUAAUUUAUACUAACAUGUUCAGGCAAGUACUAGUAAUGACGUCACAACACAAUAGGGUCAAUUUGACAGUUUAACAGAAAGUGGAGCUGAAAACUCUUUAUUUCAAUUUUGGCUGACUAUUACUAUUACAAAACCGUUUCUUCCGUCUGAAGUCUUGUAGUUUCACGCGCCGUUAAUCAGGUAAUUAUGCGAGUUAACAAGCCCACAUUUGCAUACAAAUUGGUUCAGCUCUAUAGUAAAAACCUCAAGAGAGAACCUUGACUUGUUAUUAUAAAAACAAAAAAAUUAACGCAACUAAUCAAUAAGCACUCGCAAUAAUACCAGACACAAGAAAUCAACUUUAUGACCCUUUAAAAUAAUUGCAAAAAGAUUAGAUUAAAGAUUCUAUUAAAAUAGUUAAAGAAGGCAAGCUACCUUUUUUUUUACACUGCGCACAAUGUUUUACUUACCCCUCUUUCUUUUCAUUUUUAUUUUCCUCCUCCACAAUUUUGUUAUUUUCCCUCCUCAAUUUUUUAUUUGUAUUUUUUAUUCCCUCCUUCGUAUUUUAUUAUUUCUCUCCCCCUACACCACCUCCUUAUUUUUUUUAUAUAUUUUUCCCUCUACCAUCACCACCUCACAUUUCUAAUGUUUCCUUCCACCACCACCACAUUUCUACUGUUUCCCUCCACCACCACCACCACUACCACCACAUUUCUAUAUUUUACCUAAAUUAAACAAGUUUCCGCGCAUUUUAUUCCUGAGCGAUUUAUUAAUUUUUGCUGCCCUUUUGCUGCCCAAAAAAAGGUAUAAUUCUCCUCAGACACCACUACUAUUUGAAUUUAGCAUAAAAGGCCCCAGUUGUUCAAAAGCUGGAUAACGCUAUCCACUGGAUAACGCAAUUGGUUUCUGUAAUCACUUAUCCGCUGGAUAGUGCUAUCCAGCGUUUAAACAACUGGGGCCAGGUUCUUAAAAACCAGGUAGUCAGUCUUACUCGUGGCUUUUUACUGUUUCUAAUGCACAAAACUUAUUAUCUGGGAAAAGGAUUGACUUAUUAAAGGGUUGUCAUUAAUCAAAACAUCUUACAUUUUGAUUCCCUCCAUACCGAAUGACUGCAAGUUUACUCGCUAAAUUUACGUAUUUACUUUUCCUUUCUUUAGUAACAGCUAACCAAACGUUAGAUAGGCUUCGUUACGCUUUCCUCCGCUGGAUACGAAUUAGAAGACAUACCAAAAGGAUGUUAGAAAGUUUGGUAAGAGACCUUCUCGGAGAGUAUGACACUGCAACCGGCAGUACAGUCGGGUUUGUUAUGGGCGCGGGCGCGGUUUUGGCCGCACCCUUUACCUUUGGGGCCAGUUUAGUGGCAGCUGCUGCAGUGGGCGGAAUUGGUGCCCUGAUAGGAGCUGAGGUCGAGAAAAGAUUUAGGCUCCCAAAUGUCCAGGGGGCAAUUAACAGAGAUCGCAGAGCUUGUAGAGAACUUCAAGGACAGUUGAAUUCCUUAAACACAACUUUCACUUCCACUACUUCAGCAGGCGCCGUGAUCAGAAACGUGUCGCGUUUUGCUGACGCUUCAGUUUUGCCAUGGGAUAUCACCCAACUUGUGAAGUCAUCUUUGGAUCGUCAUCACGGAUCCACAUCCCCCAUUGCUGAGGAAAUCAGGGAAAUUCUAAACAAUCUGGAAUGUCCAGAUGAAACUGAAAUUCAACGUUUGGUGUAG